GAGAUGUGGUCGGAGAGGCCAAGAUGGGGAGCGAGGAAGAGCUCUGUACUCACCGUUAAUGUUAGUACAGUCCAGAGUCUUGUCUCCCGGCGUGGGAAAGGUGGCAUGCUGGUAGAAACUGGGCAGAGUGUCCGCCAGUUUCACGUGAUUAAAGUUCCCCGUAGCCACGUAAAACGCCUCCGUUUGUCGAUGCUUCAUUAGCAUUAGCACCCGGCGGGAUGUAAACAAUGAUGACGAACACCGCAGUAAACUCCCGUGGCAGAUAGUAUGGCCGACAUUUCACUGUCAUAAGUUUUAUCGCCUCAGAGCUGUAGCUAUUUACCAGUCCGUAGUUCGUACAACUUUCAUUCACGUACAGAGACCUCCUCCCCUCGUUUUUCCCGACCGCUCGGACUAACUGAAGACCGUUGGAGGGGUGAUGAUGCUUUGCAUUAUUUAUUAGUUUGUUGACAUUCAGAUCCUCCGGUUGUGGGGGAGUAAGGGAGUGUUAGCGGUUGCCUACGUCGCCCAUAUCAGAAACCGCCAUUCUUCGCCAUAGCAACAAGUGUUUAUUCUUGUUUGGUUUUGUUUGGCAUUUGGAAAUUAUUCUCAAACUGAUGUUUGGUCUGAGAACCUGCUUAGCCUCGCCUGAAUCUAGUUUGGAUCCUUAUACUUACCACAACAAAAGUAGGGGAGAAAAAGAGAAGAGGAGGUUCUGAUUUUCGGCAGGAGAGAAAGGAGAGCAUUUCCAGCACUCACACAGCAGACAUGGGGGGCCUCUCUUCUUGUUUCCGGAGUGCUCCUCCACGUCCCGAGCAGAGUGGUGGGGAGCAUAUUGCUCGCCCUCCGUCUUUACAACAGACCCAGGAUCUUAGCUUCCUUCCGGAGAGACGCUCGAGAGUCAAGCUCUACUGUCAGACUGGAGGAUAUCACCUGAAGAUUGCUGAAGAUGGAACAGUGUCUGGCGUGAGGGAAGAAGAUGACCCCUAUGUAAUCAUGAAGCUGAAGUCGGUGGGUGUAGGACUUAUUGUCAUCCAGGGGGUGCAGUCGUUAAAGUACCUGGCUAUGAACCAGAAAGGAGACCUCUUCGGAAAAGAUAGCCCGACUGAUGACUGUAACUUCUUGGAACAUAUUGAACCAAACGGCUACACCACACUUCGCCACGAGGAAUACUCCUGGUAUGUUGGUAUGAAGGCGAAUGGCACACCUAUGAAGGGAACAGAAACCCACCAGGGCAUGAAGAACAUUUUAUUCCUGCCGAGACCAGCCUAAGCUUAAAUGAAUAAAAACCCUGGAAAACC